GAUAGAUAAUUUAUUUUUGAUGUACUUACUAACAUCUUGUUUACCAUUUAGAAAUGUAGCUUUAAACGUUUGUCAUUUGUUAAUUUUACAAUGGAUGAAUCAGGCGGAAAGAAAGUCGUCUCUUUAAAGAGUCUAACUACAGAAGAAACAAUUACUUUGCAAGGACCCAAUGAAUUUACUGUCGGUCUGACAACUGAUGAGAAAUUGUCAUGGUGUCAACGAUGGGCAGAGGAAAGUGAUAUUUGUUUACCAUUAUUUGUAUUAACCAUAUGGCAGACAGAAGGUUCAUCUCUAACACCCAGUACCAAAGACCUUCCUUGUUUAAUCAAUGAUGAGGUUAUUACAGCAGAAACUAAUCUUAUAACAGGUUCUAAGAUAGAAAUUGGUGAUAAAUUGUUGGAAUUUAUAGAUGGUCCUAUACCUAGACAUAGACGUCAUCUACCUCCUACACCUGGAGUUCAUGUUAGAACUAACCCACCAGAUAAACCUACAAGAUCACCUGAUGAAGACAGUUCACCAGAUAAGGUAAUGAGUGAAUUAGUAUUAAAUGAUGAAGAAAGACUAUCUGAAGAAUGGUGUUUAGCUCAUCCACCUAGCAUGGAGGAAGAACUUAUUUGUCAAUUACAGACUCCUGAACAGAUUGCCAAUUUAUCAGCAAGUUACCUCAAUCGUCAGGUUCACCUGUUCACAGAUACCAAAUUAAAUCCUAUCCUAGUUGACCAAAUUUUUAAAACAUUUCAAGAUGUAGCUGUACAUCGGAGAGAUAUUUUAGAAAGUUUUCUACGUGAAUUCGCUAAAGAGUUAGCCGAUACUCCCGAAGAAGAAAAAGGAAAGCCAUUCCAUACUCCUAUUAUUUAUUUGUUAGUAGAAAUAUUGAAACAAUUUUUGGAUCCGUUGUCUCAUGUUGUAUUAUGUUUACAGUUGUUACGUGCUAUAAGUCACGUACCAGAUAAUCUCCCAGCUUUGAUAUAUCAUCAAUCUGUGGCAGCUAUUCUCGGCAGUAUGACCGCAUACCUCGACAAAACAGACGUUCAACAGUUUGGGCUGGAUAUUCUAGUCAAAAUAGCCACUUUUAAACCUGAUAUUACGGAAAAGCCUCCAUUACAUGAAGGUGGUAUAGAAGUUAUCUCGCUAUCUAUACAACAUCAUGCUAAGAAUCUCACGAUUGUACAGUCUGGGUGUCGUGUCUUAUCUAAUCUAAGUACAACGCUGUAUGACACUGCUAGUCAGGUCAUAGAUGAUGAUUGUGAAUGUAGUGUAGAUAUAUUACAAGGAUUAGACAAGUUUCUAGUAAUACUAGAUACUAUCAGCUGGAGUUGUACCAGUAUAAUACAGGAAGCCAUGAAGAACUUUUCAACAGAUCUAGGUGUAAAGCGAGAAGGGAGAAGAUUUCUGUAUGUCUUUGCUAGACUUCCUCACUUAAAACAGAGAAAAAGUCAGUGGUAUGAACAGAGUUUAGAAAACGACUUAAAAAAUCAACUUAGUGAUGAAGAAAGGGAAGAAGAUGAACCAUUAACCAGUAUUUUAAAACGAACACGAUCUUUCGAAAACCUACGAACACCAGACAGGAGAGUACAAUUUGACGAAAAAGAUGAUUUCUUAUCUUCGGUGUCUUCAACUGUUAGUGAUACAUCUACAAUUGCAGAUGAAAGUGGUAUCGAAGUGUGUUCAAGAGUUUUUUAUGAUCCACACACAGGAAAAGCUUUGGAUAGUGAUUCUCUCUUGGAUAUAACACUAAAAACUAAAGACAGUCUUGAGAUGGGAGACAAUUCGAAACAUAUUAAUGGCAUAAGUGAUAAGACAGAUGAAAAUAAUGAAUCUGUUAUAACUGACAUGAAUAAAAAAGACAUAGUAAAUAAACGUGAAGUUAUAGAAUUAAGGUGUGACAAAUUAUCCAAUUCAGAUAUUAAGAUAUUGAACAAGUUAUUGAAAUCGGUGAUUGUAUGCCAUGUUUGUUCCCUUGCCUUUGAUGGGGAAGAAUCUGUAGCUUUAAAACUCAUAGGUCAACCGAUCAGAGAAAUGUUUACAAAUAACAAAUUUCCUAAAGCAUUAUUAGAGUUUGUGAAGAAUCAGUACAAAGAGGAGAUAACUCUAAUGGAUCUGGAUCCAUCUGUUGCUAUUUCUGUUAUUGAUGCUGUAAGAUACAGAUCUGUUGCAUAUGAGUUGAUUCAAGGCUCAAUAAAGAGUGUUGUGAAAUUAUUUGAAAAGAAUCCAGAGUUAUCUACCCAAAAACUAAGUUGUCAGUUUAUUGGUGAUUGUCUGAUUGAUGAAAGGUUAAGUAAAGCAGUUGAAGAUGCAACGUUUUGUAUGGAAUUAAAGAAAUAUUUACUUCUUGCCAUAUCUAAAGUUGGGCCAAAUACUCCGGUUGAUGAAGUUUUAACGCAUGUCAUCAACCUACAUAUCAAAGUUCAACAAAAAUCAAUAGAGAAGGUUUAAAUUUUCAUUCAUGCAUACUUCAUCCGUCGAGAAUGUUCAGCCAACAUUUUUUUUUUAAGUUAAUGUUAUUAUUUUUAUUUAUUUUUGAGAUUACACUGAAAAUAGAGUAUUUAAAUAUUGUAAUUUGAUAUUUUGUAUGUACUGUAUGUAUGUAUUAUCCAGGAGUGGCAUAUUGUGGGGGAGGGGGCAUGGGGCAGUAGUCAAAAACUUUUACGCUGUCAAAAACAUGCCCUAUGCCCUCCUUUGAUAUCAACAAUUUUAAUGAUGAUAGUUGAAAAAUAUCUUAUUGUGUCUCACACCUGGCAUCUCUUCAGAAAUCCAGGACACACUAUUGUAGUGUAUGCCCCAAUCUAAUUUAAGUAAAAUGUCAAUUUCAUUUCGUUUUAUUUCUGAUAUUUGUUUUUAUGUUUUGAUUGAGUUUAUUUGUUUAGAAGUUCUAGAGAUUAUAUAAGUUUCCUCCCUUUUUGUAAAACAUCAAAUUCACAUUGUAUACAAUCAAACUAUGAUUUAAGGGCAGCAAGUUUUGCAUUCCAGAUCCUAAAUCCAUAUCCAGAGAACAAAAAAUAUUUAUAAACAUUUGAAAACCUGUAAUUUUGCUGUUUUAAAAGUUUUGAAAAUGUAAUGCAACACAGACCUGUUUUGGCAUUGAAAUUGUCCUAAGUGAAAUAUUUUUACAAGCAUACUAACCCGUUAGCACCUAUCCCGCCCAAACCCUCUACGAUUACUACUUUCCCUGGUGCCUGAAACAUAACAUUUAUAGUGUAACCUAUUUAAAGAUACAUUAUGUAAGAGAUUUAAAAAUGUAAUGAGAAAAUGGAUAAUUGAGACUUUGUACCAUUGCAAUGACAAUAAACGAUCUACGGUACAUCUUCCAGCACUGAUAACUCCACCCAGAAUAAAGUAAUUUGAAUGAUGUUUUUAAUAUAUUCAUUUUUCAUUAUUUAUUUUGGAACUAUUAUAGCAAGAAAAACUAGCUGUUUAUCCAAUUCUUACAUAAUGUAUCUUUAAGGACUGUAUACUGAAGCGACUGUCUAGGGAGCAGUAGUGGCAGAUGUGUGCUACAAACUUUUCUCUAAUUUUUUGAGGGAACUGGGGUGCCAAAGGGUUAAAGGUUGUUUUUAGUAAAUUCUUUAUGAGUUGGGGAUCUGGUUGUUUAGGUUAGUGUUUGUAUAAACAGUAUAUAUAAAUACUGUACAGAUGUUCAGAGUAUAUAUAAUUACUGAUGUAACCAAGAAGGUACAGCUUUUGGAAUUGUGUAUGAUCAACACAUGCACCUGUAAGAUAGCUUUUUUUCUGUAAUUAAAAUACAAUUUGAAUAAUGUGUAAUUAAAAUACAGUUUGAUUGAAUAAUGUGUUAUCAAAAUACAAUUUUUAUUAUGUGUAAUUAA